AUGGAUUCCAACUCCCAUUCCGAGUGGAGCAUUCAGGUGAGCUACGACGAUGUGUUUGCGGAGCCGGAUGGGAUCAGGAGCCUGGAUUGCGUGUGGCGCCUGUCCAACACUUGCUUCAAGGGAUCCAAGAAUUUCUGCUACAUGGGCCUCACGCUCUUCGUCGCUCCCAUCAUCGCUCUCUGUCAAGGAUUCCAUUUCGCCAUCCUCUCCUUCUGCCACAUCUGGUGCGUCAGUGCGUGCGUUCGCUCGUGCAAGAUCAACUGCGCCGUCGUGAGAAAUUGCUGCGAGAUCUUCUGCCACGCCUGCAUCUCUCCCUGCUACGAGGCUUGCGGAAUGUGCUUGUCCAGGGUCAAGGUCAAGUAUCAGAAACUUCCUGACGGCGAAGCCGAAAAGGAUUACUUCGCCAUCUAA